AUUAUGUUUCGCAAAGGACGCGGCCUUUUUGAACUUAAAGAAAAUGAAGUGCAACAGAUUUUGAUGGGUGAUAACAGUGAGGAAGAGGACAAUUUACUGCUUGACGGUACGAUAACUGAACAUACUGACUCAACAAGACCUGAGCCUUCCACAUCAGCACCUGUAAACGAAGCACAGCAUCAACCCGUCUUCAAGUGGAAUUCGAGAACAUACGCACUAAAUGUUUUUCGUGAUGUGGAAUACGACUUCGGGAAAGUGCAAAUCUGUCAAGAAGCUGAAAAUGGACUAUUGACUCCCUUUGAUAUAUUUUGUUCAGCGAAAAAUUUUGAUAAUUUAGUGCAAUAUAUAGUAUCGGAGUCAAUACGAUAUGCUCAUCAAAAUGGACGGGAGUUUACUAUUGAUCCCGAAGAAAUGAAAGCAUUUCUUGGGAUGAAUGUAGUCAUGGGCUAUCAUAUCUUGCCAUCAUUGAGGGACUACUGGUCUACAGAACCAGACAUGGCAGUACAAUUCAUAUCGAAUGUUAUGCCAAGGGCUCCAUUCGAAGACAUUCGCCGGAAUCUACAUUUCUGUAACAACGAAGCGGUAAGAUACAUAACUAGCUCUAAUUAUGAUAGGGCAUACAAAGUUCGGCCAAUAAUAGAGCAUUUCAAUGUAUCGUUUCAAAAUGCCCUCAAUAACACAGUAAAACAAUCAAUCGACGAGCAUAUGAUAAAAUUUAAGGGUCAUAAUGUAAUGAAGCAAUACAUAAAAAAUAAGCCUGUCAAAUGGGGCUUCAAAUUAUGGUGCCGAUGUGAUGCGACCGGUUAUCUAUUUGAAUUUGAUCUAUAUACGGGCAAACGAACUUCUGGAAUCGAGUAUGGAUUAGGUGAAUCAAUAGUACUACAGCUAACGAAAAAGGUUGAAGGCUUAGGAUGUGAAAUUUAUAUGGACAACUUCUUCAAUUCACCUUUAUUACAAUAUAAGCUGAUUGAUCAGAAUACUAAGGCGUGUGGAACAGUUCGAACUAACAGGAAACAACUUCCAAAAACUGCACCUGCUGACAAAACAAUGAAGCGUGGCGAUAUUUACUCAACGAGUUUCCAUUGCAUAAGUUAUGUCAAAUGGAUGGAUAAUAAAGGAGUACAUUUGUUGACCAACUUUUUGUCGCCUGUAGAAACGGACAUCGUAAAGCGCCGCAAAGCUGGUUCAGCCGACAAAAUUGAUGUCAAAUGUCCUGGGAUUGUGUCACAUUAUAAUAAAAAUAUGGGUGGAGUAGAUCUUAUGGAUCAACGUAAGGUGUGCUAUGAAAUUGAUCGAAGAUCGAAGAUAAAGUACUACCUUCGCCUUUUCUUCGAUUUGUUCGAUAUAUCG